AGUUGAUCUCGGAGCGGAGGAGGGAGCCCUGCGGUCGCGAGCGCGGAGAAGACAAAGCCGCGUCCGGGGCCUUGCGGCGGUUGGGGCCGGGGCUCGGAGGCGCCCCAGCUCGCGGGGAGGGCUGUGCGGACCCGUGCGCCGCCCCGCCACCACCGCUGCCUCCUUGCAACAGGUCCACCGCCUCCAGGGCUGCCUCGCUCUGUGCUCCCCUCCCCCGCGCUCCGCGACCCCCGCGGCGCCUCCGCUCGGCUCCGGGCCGCCCUCGGCCACCCGCUUCGAUGCGGUUCGGGUCCAAGAUGAUGCCGAUGUUUCUCACCGUGUACCUCAGCGACAACGACCAGCACUUCACAGAGGUGCCGGUCACCCCAGAGACGACGUGCAGAGACGUGGUGGACCUGUGCAAGGAGCCUGGCGAGAGCGACUGCCAUUUGGCCGAAGUGUGGUGUGGCUCAGAACGUCCAGUUGCAGAUAAUGAGCGGAUGUUUGAUGUUCUGCAAAGAUUUGGAAGUCAGAGGAAUGAAGUGCGUUUCUUCCUUCGUCACGAACACGCCCCCGGCAGGGACAUGGUGAGCGGACCAAGGUCCCAGGAUCCAGCUUUGAAAAGGAGCGGCGUAAAAGCUCCUGCCGACCACCGGAGGAAGGAGAACGGCGUCAACAGCCCCAGGAUGGACCUGACUCUUGCUGAGCUUCAGGAGAUGGCGUCUCGCCAGCAGCAGCAGAUCGAGGCGCAGCAGCAGAUGCUGGCCACGAAGGAACAGCGCUUGAAGUUUCUGAAACAGCAAGAUCAGCGUCAACAGCAACAGGCUGCCGAGCAGGAGAAGCUUAAGAGGCUAAAAGAAAUUGCCGAGAAUCAGGAAGCGAAGCUCAAGAAAGUGAGGGCGCUUCGGGGCCACGUGGAGCAGAAGAGACUGAGCAACGGGAGGCUCGUGGAGGAAAUUGAACAGAUGAAUAGCUUGUUCCAGCAGAAGCAGAGGGAGCUCAUCCUAGCCAUGUCAAAAGUAGAGGAGCUCACCAGGCAGCUGGAGAUGCUCAAGAACGGCCGGAUCGACGGUCACCAUGACAACCAGUCGGCGGUGGCUGAGCUCGAUCGGCUAUACAAGGAGCUGCAGCUGAGAAACAAACUGAAUCAGGAGCAGAAUGCCAAGCUGCAACAACAGAGGGAGUGUUUGAACAAGCGCAAUUCAGAGGUGGCGGUCAUGGAUAAGCGUGUGAACGAGCUGAGGGACCGGCUGUGGAAGAAGAAGGCAGCGCUCCAGCAGAAAGAAAACCUUCCAGUGUCACCGGAUGGGAAUCUGCCCCCGCAAGGCGUGUUGGCGCCCAGCCGCGUGGCUGCCGUUGGGCCCUACAUCCAGUCGUCCACCAUGCCCCGGCUGCCCUCCCGGCCCGAGCUGCUGGUGAAGCCGGCCCCGCCCGACGGCCCCGUGGCCAUGCAGCCCGCGGAGGGGCCCAUGAAAGUCCACACGCUGCCGAACAUGAGGUCCGCGGCCGCCUCCCAAGCCAAAGGCUCUAAAAUCCAUUCUCUGGGUCCUGAUUGGAGUCCACAUGCGGAUCUUUUCCCGAGCCAGGCCUCUGCCGCUACGCCGAAAAGCUCUGCGAGUGCUCCAGAACAAGCUGAUGAUGGGGAGGUUCUGCUGAGGGACAAGGAGAAGAAAGUGCGUCCCUUUUCGAUGUUUGACACAGUGGACCAGUCUGCCGCGCCCCCCUCCUUUGGGUCUCUGAGGAAAAACCAGAGUAGUGAAGACAUCUUGCGGGAUGCUCAGGCUGCAAAUAAAAAUGUGAAAGUCCCACCUCCCGUUCCAUCGAAGCCCAAACAGAUUAAUUUGCCUUACUUUGGACAAACGAGUCAGUCCCCGUCAGACAUUCGGCCCGAUGGAAAUCCUCAGCAGUUGUCAUCGGCCGUCACGUCCAUGGGAAGUAAACCCAAACCAGCAGGGCAGCCGCAGAGGGUCCUGCUGGCCCCCGGCGUGCCAUUGGGCGGCCAAGACCCAGCCCUCAUUCCGGGUUCUAAGCAAGAAAGUCCACCGGCCGCGGCCGUCCGGCCCUUCACACCGCAGCCGUCCAAAGACGCCCUCCUUCCUCCCUUCCGGAAGCCCCAGACCGUGGCGGCCAGCUCCAUAUACUCCAUGUACACCCAGCACCAGGCUCCCGGAAAGAACGUCCCGCAGGCCGUGCCCGGCGCGUUGGCCAAGACGCAUCCCAGAGGGCCGCCCUUCUCGAGCGUCUACGGCAAGCCUGUCAUCGCUGCCGCCCAGAACCAGCAGCAGCACCCGGAGAAUGUUUACCCCCGGGGCCCGGGCAAGCCCGGCGGCCCGGAGCCUGAUGCGGAGCCGGCGUCUCCGGCACAGGAGAGCCACGAGAGCGAAAGGAUUCCUCGGCCGCUCAGCCCCACCAAGUUACUGCCUUUCCUGUCGAACCCGUACCGAAACCAGAGCGAUGCCGACUUGGAAGCUCUGCGAAAGAAACUGUCUAAUGCACCGAGGCCCCUAAAAAAACGGAGCUCCAUCACGGAGCCCGAGGGCCCGAACGGGCCGAACAUUCAGAAGCUGCUGUAUCAGAGGACCACCCUAGCGGCCAUGGAGACCAUCUCUGUGCCAUCGUCGUACCCGUCCAAGUCGGCCUCGGUGACUGCUGGCCCCGACAGCCCAACCGAAAUCCAGAACCCGUAUCUACAUGCAGAGCCAGAGAAGGAGGUGGUGUCUCUGGUUCCUGAAGCAGUGUGCCCACAGGAAGCCGGGGACGCCAGUACAGAGAGCAGUGACCUGCCAGCUCCUCCUCCGGGCCUUGACUAUGUGCCUGAAGGAGUCCCAGACCCCAGCCCAGAUUUCCAGGACACCGUGGAGGAACCAAAUGCAGAGGCUCCCCAUCUGCUCGAAGUGUACCUGGAGGAGUACCCCCCUUACCCUCCGCCGCCCUACCCAUCGGGGGAGCCGGAGGGGCCCGGGGAGGACUCCGGGAGCAUGCGCCCGCCUGAAAUCACCGGGCAGGUGGCCCUGCCCCCGGGCAAGAGGACAAACUUACGUAAAACGGGCUCCGAGCGAAUUGCCCACGGAAUGAGGGUGAAAUUCAACCCUCUUGCCUUACUUCUCGAUUCAUCUUUGGAGGGAGAAUUUGACCUUGUGCAGAGGAUUAUUUAUGAGGUGGAUGACCCCAGCCUACCCAACGAUGAAGGCAUCACAGCUCUGCACAACGCCGUGUGUGCCGGGCACACGGAGAUCGUGAAGUUCCUGGUGCAGUUCGGUGUGAACGUGAAUGCGGCUGACAGCGACGGCUGGACCCCGCUGCACUGCGCCGCCUCCUGCAACAAUGUCCAGGUGUGCAAGUUCCUGGUGGAGUCGGGAGCCGCGGUGUUCGCCACGACCUACAGCGACCUGCAGACGGCGGCAGACAAGUGCGAGGAGAUGGAGGAGGGCUACGCCCAGUGCUCCCAGUUCCUCUACGGAGUUCAGGAGAAGAUGGGCAUCAUGAAUAAAGGGGUCAUUUACGCCCUCUGGGACUACGAGCCGCAGAACGAUGACGAGCUGCCCCUGAAAGAAGGGGACUGCAUGACCGUCAUCCGCCGGGAGGACGAGGAUGAAGUGGAGUGGUGGUGGGCGCGCCUGAACGAGAAGGAGGGGUACGUGCCCCGCAACCUGCUGGGGCUCUAUCCAAGAAUUAAACCAAGACAAAGGAGCUUGGCCUGACACUUUAUAGAAUUGUAGUCAAUGAAGAAUUAAUCUCUGUUGUCUCUGAGAAGAAGUAACAGGAUUUUCUGGGGCACGGCUUUCACAAGACUCAUUGGAACGACCGUGUACUUUGAAGCCAUGAAGACCGCUCUCUGGGAGGAAAUGAAGGAUAGGGAGUCCUGGUGGUGGAGGACAUUCGGUGCCGCGAGGGGGGCGUGAGGGACCUUAGAUUUCAGAUUUAAGAGACGACACCGCGAGGCCCAGGUGCCAGCCUUCCUGCGCCGGAACCGAAGCCUGGGGCCCUGCGAGAUCCCAGCAGCAUCCUGUUUUCCGCAAGAGGCAGGACCGCUUACUGGGCGACUGGGAAGCCAGCUUCGCGUCCUGCUGGAAGGGACCAGUGCCAUCAUGGCGCCAGCCUGACUGUCCCCAGCAGCAGCUGGCCCUCGGGCCACCACGAGGGCGCCAGGUGCCGCACACUGUGCCCGUCCGUGCAGGGCGGUCGGUUGGUAGCCAGAGAGCAAUAACUUUAUUGUAUGAGUUCUUGUAGCAUUUUCAGAAUUACACAUAUUUUGAAAUAUUGAAACGAAGCUACACUACAGAUAAUUAGGUUUAGAAUCUUGUUUUUAGGCUGAAUUUGAAUCUAUAUUUAUUGCCUUUUGUAUCUCGGAAAUUAGAGACUUGUUAUAGACUUACCCAUAAUAUUUGUCAAGAUCAUAGCCGACUUUAAAAACAAUUGUAAUAAAAAUAAACUUUUUGACUGUAAGCUUUUUUCUGGUUUCGGUUUUCCAU